UGGACUUAUUUUUACAGUUAAACCCCAACAGAACUGAUAUAUACAUACAAUACAUACAAUUACCAAAUUCUCUUUCGUUUCUUCAAAUUCAUGCAUCACAAUAACGGAGCGUGAGUCAGAUCAGAUCACGCGCUUACGGCGGUACACGCGCUGCCUAACAACAUUGCCGUUUUAAGCUUUCACUUUCUGUAAAGGAUGUCUGUUGAUGCUGAGUUUUCCAAUGGUCCAUCCAUCUUAACUGCCGAAAAAUUGCCUGAAGUGGGGAAUUCAGCUGUUGCAUGUGAAAAUGCAUCUAGCAAUGGCUCUGUUGUGUUUGCAAAAGAUACUUCGAACUGCCCUGCUGAUGAGGAUCAAAUUGAACAUAAUUCAGCCUCAGAGAUCACAAGCAUUGAAGAAAUGAGCGGCAAAGCCGGUGGUUCAGACAAAGGUAAUGAUAACGAAAAAUUAAGUAACGGAAGCGUAGAAGCUGCAGAUGCAGGCGACAGUGAUGACAAGCUACAAUGUGACCAAAGCGAGAAGACUGAAAAUGCAGACACAGAUGGUGGUCAAGGGGCACCGAGCAUGGUCGCCGAAAAAAGCGUGAAUGAAAGAGGAGGUGAUUUUAAUGGCGAUUACAAUUUAGUAUGUGAAGGAAGUGAAGAUUCCGAAAAGAUAGAGAUCAAUGCCCAAAGGGCAGCUAGCACAGAGAUUAAAGCGGUUGAAGAAAUUAGGGGUGAAUCUAAUGGUUCAAGAAAAAAUGAUGAGAGUGUGGAUGCUGAAAAGGGAGAUAUCAACAGUUCAAUGGCUAUGAACCCUGUUACUGAGAAGGUAGGUAUGGAAGGAAUGAGUGGCGACCAGUCUCACAGAAGUAAUGAUGACAAAGUAUUAAGUGAAGAAAAUGCAGAUACUGAAAAGGUAGAGAGUGAUGGCCAAAGGGCACCUAGCACUGUUACAGAAGUUAAGGCCAUUGAAGAAAUCAGGGGUGAAUCUAAUGGUUCAAGUACAAUUGAUAAGAGUGUGGAUGCUGAAAAGGGAGAUAUCAACAGUUCAAUGGCUAUCAACCCUGCUUCUGAGACAGUAGGCAUGGAAGAAUCGAGAGGGGAAUUUAGUGGCCCUCACAUAAGUAAUGAUGACAUAAGAUUAAGUGAAGAAGGUGCAGGAGCUGAAAAAACAGACAGCAGCUGUCAAGUGGCACCUCACUUAGCCACGAAGAUAACGAGACUGGAACAAAUGGGAUGUCUAUCUAGUUUAGUACAAGACAGUAGCGAAGACAAGUCACUAUCUGACCAGCGUGAGAAUGCUGGAAAUGAAGACAGUAAUGGUCAAGCGGCACCCGGCUUGAUCACAGAAAUCAAAGGCAUCAAUGAAAUAGGAGGUGAUUCUAAUGAUGCCAAAUUAGUAUGUGAAGAAAGUGCAGAUACCGAGAAAGUAGAGAUCGAUGACCAAAGGCCACCUAGCACUGUUACAGAGAUUGAAGAGAUUAUCUCUGAAUCUAAUGGUUCUAGUAAAAUUGAUGAGAGUGUAGAUGCUGAAAAGGCUGGUAGCAAGAAUUCAAUGUCUACCAACAUUGUUACUUGUGCGGACAAAAUCAAAAUUGUUUCUGAGAUCACUGGAAUAGACGCUGAGUCUAAUGGUGCAGAUGAAUUAAGUGAUGAUAGACUAGUACACCAAGAGAGCACAAACACUGAAAAAACAGACAUAGGUCAAACGUCUUCCAAUAUGGUAAGUGAAAUCAAACCAAUUGAAGAUGUAGAAUCUGAAUCUGAUGUCACAAACAAAAGGACAGAUGGAAACUCAACAUCUGAAGAAAGAAAGAAUGCCGAAGUAGCGAAUGGUAGCAGUCCAGUUCAUAAAGGCAGUGAAAUUCUUUGCAGCAUUGAUGCUGUCGCAUUUGGAAAGGAGAGCUUUAACAGCUCGGUUGAUGAUGUUCAAAAUGUAUGCAACACAGUGUUCGAGGCUAUAAGCAAUGAUGAAAUUGGAAGUAAAUCUGAUGGUGACAAAGAUAUAGAUGAUAAAGCAAUGCACCAAAGAGAUGAGGAUUCUGAAAGAUUGCACUCUGAUGGUCUAGCUAGUGAAGGGAUGUCCAGUGAUGCUGAACUUUCGCAUGGCCCCUCCAUUUUGGCUGAUGCAAGGUUAUCUGAAGUAGAGAAUUCUUCUACUUCAAUCAGCAGGGACAUGUCUAGCAAAGAUGCUAUUCAAUUGGGAAAUGAAGCUUGUAAUAGCUGUAUUGCUCAUGGUCAAAGUCCAGCUGAUAUGGUUCAAGAGGUCAUUGAUAAAGCAGUUGGAGGUGAAUCUAAUGGUGUGGACAGAAGUAGUGAUGAUAAAUUGAUGUGUGAAGAAUUUGAGGAUGACAGAAGAUUCAACUGCAGUAGUCCAGCUGCUGAAGGGAUGUCUUGUAAUGCUGAGUUUUCCCAAGACCUCUCUACUUCCGCUGAUUCAAAAUUUUCUGAAUUGGCCAAUUAUUGUGCUUCAAGUACUAAAGACGUGUCUAGCAACGACGCUAUUGGGGCCGAAAAUGAAGCUUUGAAUAGCUCUGUGGAUGACUCCGAACUGGUACCUAACUUGAUUAGAGAGGGUCCUGGAGUUGAAAAUUUGGAAGGUGAACUGAAUGAUGGUGACAACAGUAUUAACAACGAAAUACCUUACAACAACUGCGAUGAUCCUGAAAAAUCACACAACAGUUCAGAUAAUGUGGGGACACAUGGUGAGGCUGAAUUUUUCAUCGACCAGUCUGUUUUAGCUGAUAUGAAAUUGUGCAAAGCUGGAAACUCUUCUGCUUCAAGCAUUAAAGAUGAGUGUUGUGAUGCUGUGCGUGGAAAUACUUUGAUCGACUCCAUUCAUGACUCUAAAAUGGUGCCCAAUAUGGCUAUAGAGUUCACUGACAUUAAGAAAGAAGGUGAAUCUAGUGUUGCAGACCAAACCAGUGAUGGCAAAUUUAUACGUGAAAGUGAGGAUGCCGAAAAACCACCGAGCACAAAUACUGAUGAAAGGAUGUCUUGCAAUGAUGAAAUAUGCCACGAUCAGGCUACUUGGGCUGAUUUAGUGUUAUCUGAAGCGGGAAACACUUCAAGCAGUAGAGAUGUUUCUAGCUAUGAUGCUGCGGCAUUUGAAAAUGAGACUUUGACUUGCCCCAUCGAAAUUGAUCAAGAGUCAGCCGACAAGAGCACAAAGAUCACAGGCACUGACGAAAUGACAGGUGAUUCAGACAGGAGUAAUGAUGACAAACCAAUAUGUGAACAAAGUGGGGAUGCUGAAAUUUCAAACACUAACGAAGUGUUGGCCACUUCCGCUGAAUGUUCCUCUGUGGAUGUUGCGGCUGUAAGGGAUAUGAAUGGGACUGCAGCGAAGGGAUUUUACUUCCUGAUCAGGAUGCCAAGAUAUGAUGAUGAAAAAAUCCGAGAACGCAUCAAAGUUGCUGAGCUAAAUGUUGAUGAGAAGACACAGCAUAGGGAUGCCUUUAGACAAAAAAUCAGAAAUAAAAGAGCCAAUUGCCAAACCCAUGGUGCUGAAUUCGAAGCUGCCAAAGCUCAAGAGAGAGAUGCUAGAAAGCAAGUCAGGACAAAGCGUGCAGAUAUCUCAACACUUCAAGAUGUAAUUGAUAAAGCAAAGAAUGCAGUUGCCGUUGGUGAGAUUGAUAAUAGGAUUUGUAAUAUGGAACACAUCAUUGGACAUGAAACUGUACCCCUAAAGGAGGAAAAGCUUCUAAUUCGUGAAAUCAAGCAACUGAAGCAGCUUCGUGGACAGCUUUCCUCUAACAUUGGAAACCAGGAUGAAGUGCAGAAGUCUCUGGAUGAUAGAGACGUAAAUGAAGAGCGAUUGAGGGCCUUGAAGAAAGAGCUUGAUAACCUCAAAGUGAAGGCCUCAAAAGCUGAAGCAAUUGCGAUGGCAGCUAGCCGAAAAUUUGAAGAUGAGAGUCGAAAGCUCAAAGAAUUGCAAGCACAGUUUAAAGCUGCAGAUGAUAUUCGCCAAGAAGCUUAUGAAGAAUUGCGGAGUUUAAAAAAGGGAUUGUAUGAGAAGAAUAUUCAUUUCCGGACAUACAAGGAUGAUGCGACUUUGGCGAGUGAUCAUGCUCGAAAGAGAGAAAUGGAGGCUCUUAAUCAUCUCUGUGUGAAUCAGGUUGAAAGGUACAUGGAACUUUGGAACAAGAAUGAUGAGUUCAGAAAGGAUUAUAUCAGGUGUAAUACAAGGAGUACAGUAAGGAGAUUUGGGACCUUGGAUGGUCGUACACUUGGUCCUGAUGAGGAGCCAACUGUUGUUCCUAGUUAUCACCGGGUGGAAAGAGUUAAUAGGCUGGUAGCUAGUGUAGAUAAAGUUAAUAGUGUGUCACAACCUCCGAUCUCUCAGCAAGAAAAGAAAGUAAUAAUUCUUAAAGAUGAAAUUAAGGAUGACAAUAACGUUCUGCAAGCAGCGGAAGGAAUGAAUCAGGUUGAGAAAACGAAAGAGGCUCGGAAACCAAUUCAAAGAGAGAUGAGUACGGUUGAUGAGCCAACAGAGGCCGAGCGUCUGCAAACUGCUCAGGAGCUAGAGGCUGCUAGAAAGGAGGAGGAACUGAGGAAGCGUGAAGUAGAGGCCAGGUUGAAAGAGCAACGACGGUUGGAGGAGAUUGCAAAGGCUAAGGAGGCAUUAGAACGGAAAAAACGCAAUGCAGAAAAGGCCCAACUGAGGGCUGAAUUGCGAGCCCAGAAGGAAGAAGAACAGAGACUGAAGGAAAGGGAGAAAAGACUGCGGAAGAAGGAAAGGAAGAAGGGUUCUCUAUGUGAAAUACAGAGCGAAAGUAACGAUGGUGAAACUUCUCUGAUUUCCACCAGCCCGAGAGAGAUUGUCAAGGAACCCGAGGCUACUGAUCCUCAAACAAGCGCUAAGAAACCUCAGAAACCGUCUCAAUAUACAAAGCAGGUGAAGCCAAAAGCUAUUCCUCCCCCGCUUCGCAACAGAGGUAGAAGGAGAUUGCAGCAGUGGAUUUGGUUAACUCUUUCUUGUGCAGUUGUCAUUGCUCUGUUUUUCCUAGGAAACAUCGGCUUCUUCUCCAAUCUGAAGCCGCGAAGAAACCCCGGGUUUUAGGGACCUGUUAGAUUUGGCUUGGAGUGAGGCAGGUUGCUUUAUAUUUUAUAGAUGAAAAGAGGCCAUUCUUUUGUUCUAUACAUAAUAUGUUGGUUCAUCAUAGUUUUGAAUAUUUUUGGUUCUUAGUAGAGUGAUGAUAAGAUGUUUUAAGCAACAGAGAACAUUUUUAUCUUGGUAAUUAUUACAAAACAGGUGCUUAAUAAUCCUAUUGUUUUCCUUAGCUUGAAACUUGCCAUAAUGGCAUAGUGUUUAAUGGUAAAGUAUUAUCCAAA